UGUUACUGUGUUAACUAGUGUCGACGUUUUGUUUGUCACAACCUACGCAGAUGUCAAAGCUUAAGUCUUCUUAUUUAAAUCCGCGUUGAUGAGCCAAUCCAUAUGCUAGUAUGUUUUAUUAAACGGUGAACAUACUGUCUAGUUUAGGGGAGCGUGAAAACACUGAUGUCAAAGUCUCUCUCUUGCUUUGUCUCACCUAGUUACAUUGAGUCACAAAGUAUUGCAGUUCACCGGAUUGCCAGACAACACGAAUGCACCAAGGACACAAAAUAUGGAAGAGAAAGCAUUAGAAGUAUACGAUGUCAUACGCACUAUUCGAGACCCAGAGAAACCUAACACGUUAGAGGAAUUGGAUGUCGUGUCAGAAGAAUGUGUUGAAGUCCAAGAGCUUGGAGAGGACGAGUAUCUCAUAAUUAUCAAGUUCUCCCCAACUGUCCCACACUGCUCUCUGGCAACACUAAUCGGCCUGUGCUUACAAGUUAAACUGCAAAGAUGCUUGCCGUUUAAACACAAGUUGGACAUUUUCAUUUCUGAGGGAACCCAUUCUACCGAGGAAGAUAUUAACAAACAGAUCAACGACAAGGAGAGGGUAGCAGCUGCUAUGGAGAACCCAAACCUGCGGGACAUUGUGGAGCAGUGCGUUACUGAACCUGAUGACUGAGCCAAUGGACUGACAUCUCAGUUACUUUAGACCAAGGUAUUCAAUAGGCACCAAAUGGAAGAAAAUGGACUGAAACAGUGGGGUACUAGCUGAAGUUGUCCAUUUAGAAAUGCUAGUUUUUUCUUUCCGUUGUUUGUAAAACAUUUUGCUACUGUGUACCCUAAUGAAUCCGACCCAGCCAUCAACUUAAAAUCGUAGCCAUCAUGGAAUGUGUGUUUUUUUUAUACAAGUGCCUGGAGGAUAUGUUGGAGAUUACCUGAUCGGAACUGUUCACAUUUCUUAAAUCCUUUAGUGAAUAACCACCAUGGUAAAAAAAAAAAAAAUCAAAAUCCUUAACAGAAUUCCAACUUCAAGUUUAUUGUCAUCAUGAAAGAAUCACUAAGGGAUAAGAUGACGAGUUGCAGGAAAAUGUGAGAACUUCCCAGGUAGUUUAGACUUUUGAGCAAUGUCCCUCGAACAAUGUCCCUCGAACAAUCUCCACAGAAUGGACAGCAGUGUAUAUGGCUUGUUUGAUCUUUUUCUAACAUCAUGAUUGAAAUAGGAAAUAAAACAUAUUCCUAAAAAGGCUGA